GGCCGGGCGGAGGGGAGGGUGUAGGUAACGCCGGCUGUGGGGUCUGGGUGUCGGCGGCCGGGGACCAGGUAGCCCCCCGCGGCUGGCUUGGCGGCCGACAGUUACUUUCUCGAGCGAGCCCAUCAGGACCAGAGAGCCGAGGUCUAGAAGGCACGACAGCCACGACACUCAUCGGCGGAGUGUUCAAAAUAAACCCGAGAGCGAGAUGGAUGAUAGUUCAAAAGACAGCAAGCCCCUUGAAACCAAGGCGUCUGCUAUUAAUAACGCUGAAAAUACCUCUUUUAUUUUGGGAAAUGGGAAGCUUGUAACUCCUCACAAGCCUGCAGCUGAAGUGACUCCUAAUCGUUGCAUGUCAGAUGCUUUUCAAUCACCUUUGAACUUUUCCACAGUAACUGUGGAGCAAUUGGGAAUUACACCUGAAAGUUUUGUAAAGAACUCUUCAGGAAAGUCAUCAUCCUACCUUAAAAAAUCCAGACGACGCUCUACAGUUGGUGUUCGGGGCUCUCCUGAAACAAACCAUCUAAUUCGUUUCAUUGCCCAGCAGCGGAAUUUAAAGAAUGCUUCUUUGACCAAGAAUUCCCCUUGUCAGGGCAGCCCUGUUUUGUAUCGAAAUGUUCAUUCUUUAAGAGAGCAAAUAUCUGCCUUCCAGUCGGCUUUUCACUCCAUAAAAGAAAACGAGAAGAUGACCGACUGUCCUGAAUUCUCAGAGACGGAAGGAGAGUUCAAGACCACAGCCUCGACCAAAAAGGAGAGUCUUGGUGAAUGCCAACAGUGUGAGUUCCCUGCAAACUUGUCAUCCAAGCGACAGAGAACAUCCUCUCCGAGCAGCUCUGAUGGAAAUCUAACUGAUGCCUUUGGUCUCCAGAUACACAAUGUUGCUGCUUUUCCCAAUACAGAUAGACAGUGUGCUGUUGAAACUUCUGCAGAUCUCUCUGAGAAAUCUUCUGAAUCUGGUUUAAAUCUACAGUCUAGAUGUUUAGUUGGAGAGUAUCCUCUACUUUCAGAGCUCACAGAGGCUUCAAGUGGAAUCCAGGUUGCUGACUCUGUAGAGGGCGAAAGAUCCAGCGAUGCCGUUUCAGUUGACAAAUUUACAGAAGUGAGUAUAGACAUGGCUCCUGAAGCCGGGUCACUGGUUACUCCACUGUGCCAGAGGGACAUUCCAUCCUCUGAGACCUUUGUACUUCGUUCUGUGCUGAAGAAACCUUCUGCAAAGCUGUGUCUAGACAGCCUGCAGGAACGCCGUGACAACCUCUGUGAUGGUGGGACUCAUCCAAACUUAAUCUUAAAUCUUGCAAACUGUUGCAAAGAACGAAAAGCAGAAGGUCAAGAAAAUUGUAAAGUACCAGACUCUCUAAAUAUGAGGAAGAGGAAGAGAGUUACUUUCGGAGAGGACCUAAGCCCUGAAGUAUUUGAUGAAUCUUUGCCAGCAAACACUCCGUUGCGUAAAGGAGAAACACCGGUUUGUAAAAAGGAUUUAAGUACCCUCAGUCCCCUGCUACUUGAACAGUCCCCAGCUCCUGAGGGGUUACUUCAACCAAAUUUUGAUGACAAGGGAGAGAAUCUUGAAAACAUAGAACCUCUUCAGGUAUCAUUUGCAGGUCUCAGUCCUCUUAGUAAGUCUUCAAUCUCUGAGACUCUUUCAGGCACUGAUACCUUUGCCUCUUCAAAUAACCACGAGAAAAUAGCCUCCUGUAAAGUUGGUAGAGCAACGCGGACCUCUAACAGAAGAAGUCAGUUGAUCAGUUUUUCAGAAGAGAGUGUUUGCAACUUAUUUAAUACAGAAGCUCAGCCUUGUAAAGAAAAGAAAAUUAAUAGGAGGAAGUCUCAAGAAAGCAAGCACGCAGACAGAGCACUUCCUAGAAAGAAUCAGGUUUUAAAAAGUUGCAGAAGGAAGAAAGCAAAGGGAAAGAAAAAAAGUGUUCAGAAGUCUUUAUAUGGGGAAAGAGACAUUGCGUCUAAGAAGCCGCUCCUGAGCCCUAUUCCUGAGCUGCCCGAGGUAUCUGAGAUGCCGCUGGUUCCAAGCAUCUGGAGGAUGUGUUCAGAUGAUUUCAACUCAAAUGGUGAACUUGAAGAAGUGAAGCUUCCGAAGAGAAAUAAUAUUUUGCCCCAGAACCCAGAGGAUUGGCAGAUGAUUCGAGGCUUUAAUAAAUACGAUGUGUCUGAAUUCUGCAACUCUGACGUGAAAAGUUCCUCGUCACUUAUUAAUGCUACUUUUGAGCAAGGUUCAAAUACAAGUACUAUAGAAACUAAUGAAAACAAAAAUAUUCCAAAAGCAGCAAUUAUGUUGGAAAGUGAAAACGAACUAAAAACUGGGACUGAGAAUGAAAACAGCCAUAUUUCUUGUCCUUCUGUGACUGAAACACCCAUUGUAUCAGACAAUCCAAAACCUGAUUUUACCAUGCAGUCCCAAGAACUUUCUGCUGCUGGUCAAAAUAUGGAAAACCUUUUUCAAAUCUUUAAAAUCUCAGAAGAUAUAAACAUCAAAUGUGAAAACCAGGAUGACUUCUUAGUUGUCCCAGAAGGAAAACUGCAGACCAAGCAUUUAAUGCCCGACACACAAAAAGAAUGUGAUUGUUCAGAAGAUGUCUUAGUUGACCACAUGAAAGAAAGUAAAAGUCAAGGUGAGGAUUUGGGAAGAAACUCCAUAGCAGGUAGUCGUGGUGUGAGUUACAGAGAAAGGAAAUACAGAAGACAGUCCGUGGCUUGUUCUGAUGGGCAAAGUUUACAUUUGGAAAAAACCGAGAAUCCCAAACUUUCCUACAGUGUGAGCAGCCCUGUAGAAAUUAGUUUAGAAAAUUCCCAACUGUAUAAAGACUUAUCUGACUCCAUUGAGCAAACCUUUCAGAGAACAAAGAGUGAAACCAAAGUAAGACGCAGCACAAGGCUACAAAAAGGUUUGGAAAGUGAAGAAGGGCUUGUGUGGAUUUCACUUCCAUUGCCUCCCGCUUCUGGCAUUUCCCAGAGAACCAAGAGGAGAACAAUAGGUACCUUUGACAGCAGAAGAUUUGAGAACGGGUCCUCCAGGCAAAAACCUUGUGUGCUGCCCUCCACAUCAGGUGAAGAAAGCAGUGAGGGCUUUGCUGCUGCUGCUGCCAGUUUACCUGCGAAGAGAAGGAAGAGCUUUUGUACAUCUACACUUGCAGAUCCUAAAAAUACCACCCAGUCGAGAGGCUACAAAAGAACCACCUUUCUCAACCAGAAGGAAGCUCUCCAAGUGACUUCGAGAGAAUCGGACGUUAUCAGCAAACUAAAGCAGUAACUGACAUUCCCUGCAGAACGUUUUGGCAAGAGAGAAGGUAACCAGCCAUUCGUGCCUGAAAGAUUCUUUCAUCCCAGUUCCCAUCCUUUGUGAAGCCUCAGUAUUUUAAAAGUUUCAAAUAAAAUUAUUUGAGUAGAACCUACUUUGAAGUAGAAAUAAGUGAAUUUCUCCAUCUUUCAAACUGAAAGCAUUGUAUUAAACAUGUUCUCCCCCCAAAUGAUAAAUGCUUUAUUGGUAUUCUGUUAAAAAGGAUUGCUUUUAGACCUAACAGCAUGUCUCUUAAGUUUUAUUUCAUGUUAGGACAUAUUUACCACUGAAGGUUUAGAGUUUCUGUUGUAAAAAAAGCAUCUUUUAGAGUUGACUUGUUAUAUCUGGAUGAGAAGAGCGUUUUGUUUUGUUCUUUAACAAAUUGAUAGAAUUAAUGUAACUUUAUGAAAAUUGAAGGUAACAUAAGGUUGAAACUGUUAAAGAAAGUGGGGUGAGGUAUGUUUUUAUUUUAAAAGGCUGCCCCAAAAAAACUGGUUAAAAAUUUUAACAAUUAGGAAAGAUGGGAAUGAUAAAAUUUGGUUUUUUCCCUUUGGGUUAAAGUUAAGAGAAGCUUUAAUAAUUUACUUUGUCUCAAAUAAAAAUUUUAUUUUAAUAGAUUAAAAUCAAAUCUUAAACAUGGGAUUUUGGAAAAUUCUUUCAAUAACCAGAAUAUUGCAAAUCUGUCAUUAUAAAGUGAAUAUAUAAUUUAGAAAUAACUAACAUGGAAGCAUUUUGACCUUCAAACAACACUCUUGUAUGCUUUGGGGGGGUAGGAAGUACGGGUUUGGUUUUUGGUGAAACUAUAAGCAGUCUAGUUGAAGACUCAUCUCCCAGAUCAUUCAGAUUAGUCACAGGUAAUUUGGGAUUGAAUUCAUGGUUUUCCAUUUAAAAAAAAAAAAAUCCAGAAACUCACUUAAAAGGCCCUAAAAAAUUGGUUUACUAA